UUUCCUUCUUCCCCGAGUCUCUAGACCUACUCCAUAACGAUGCCGGCACCUGUACCCAAGCCCAGGACGCUGUACGAUAAGGUCUGGGACGACCACGUCGUCUCUGUCCAAGAGGAUGGUCUUACGCUCCUCUACAUCGAUAGGCAUCUAGUACACGAGGUAACCAGCCCACAAGCAUUCGAAGGACUCCGCACUGCAGGUCGACCUGUCAGACGCACGGACUGCACGCUUGCUACAGUCGACCAUAACAUUCCCACCACGCCUCGGAAAGGCUUCGCCAAGACCGAGGAAUACACUACAGAGCCCGACUCCAAGGCGCAAUGCCUCGCGCUCGAGGAGAAUGUGAAGGAGUUUGGUUUGACGUACUUUGGGAUGAAAGAUCGCCGUCAAGGAAUCGUUCAUGUCAUUGGCCCAGAACAGGGUUUCACUCUUCCAGGAAUUACUUGCGUUUGCGGUGAUUCGCAUACAUCUACUCAUGGCGCCUUUGGAGCUCUCGCAUUUGGUAUUGGCACUUCUGAAGUGGAGCAUGUCCUCGCUACACAAACGUUGCUUCAGAAGAAGAGCAAAAACAUGAGGAUUUCCGUAGAUGGGCCCUUGCAUGAAGGCGUAAAUUCAAAAGACGUGAUUCUGCAUAUUAUUGGCGUGAUUGGCACUGCCGGCGGAACGGGUUGUGUUAUUGAAUAUGCCGGCUCGGUAUUCCGAGGAUUCAGCAUGGAGGCUCGUAUGAGCGUGUGCAAUAUGAGUAUUGAAGCUGGUGCUAGAGCCGGAAUGGUUGCUCCGGACGAUGUCACCUUCGAAUAUCUCAAGGGUCGACCGCUGGCCCCGAAGGGCGAGGAGUGGGACCGUGCGGUGGAAUACUGGAGAACUUUGAAGACAGAUGAAGGAGCUGUAUUCGACAAGGAGGUCCGAAUUAAUGCACAAGAUAUUGUACCGACAGUGACAUGGGGUACCUCACCUCAAGACGUCGCACCAAUCACGGGUAAAGUACCCGAUCCCGCUAAUAUUGAGGAUCCUGUGAGGUGGAAAUCGGUGGAGCGUUCGUUGCAAUAUAUGGGACUGGCACCUAAUACUCCAAUGACGGAGGUUAAGGUCGACAAGGUGUUCAUUGGGUCCUGUACAAACUCGCGGAUUGAGGACUUGCGAUCUGCGGCAAAGAUCGUGCUGGCGGCAGGUGCAGAUGCGAAGGUCGCACCUCACGUUUACGCAAUGAUCGUUCCCGGUUCUGGCAUGAUCAAGGAGCAAGCUGAAGCGGAAGGUCUCGAUGUAGUCUUCAAGCGCGCUGGAUUCGAUUGGCGAGAAGCUGGUUGCUCUAUGUGUCUUGGCAUGAAUCCAGAUCAGCUCAGUCCCCAAGAGCGCUGUGCAAGCACGAGCAAUCGUAAUUUCGAAGGCCGUCAAGGAGCUGGUGGGCGUACUCAUUUGGUCAGCCCAGCGAUGGCUGCUGCAGCUGCUAUGACUGGUUACUUGACCGACGUUCGCAAGUUCCUAGGAGCAGAUGUGAGCCAACGUGCCCCUGUUAUCAAGGAAUUGGCUGCUUCGACUUUUUGGUCGGAUCCUAUCCUUCCUCCCCCUGAACCUCAAGCAAAAAUCUCAGGAGGCGCAGCUUCAGAUAACCUUCCACCAGCAGAGACACCCUCUGCAAGUAACAAAUUCACGGUCCUCAAAGGCAUUGCUGCACGCAUAGACAUCGAGAAUGUCGACACCGACAUGAUCAUUCCAAAACAGUUCUUGAAGACGUUGAAGCGCACUGGUCUUGCUGACGCCCUGUUUUUCGCCAUGCGCAAAGACCCCAAUACUGGCAAAGACACCGAUUUCGUCCUGAACCGAGCACCAUUCAACAAAUCAAAGAUUAUCGUCUGCACAGGAGAGAACUUUGGUUGUGGUAGCAGUCGAGAACAUGCACCAUGGAGCUUGAACGACUUUGGUAUUCGUUGUAUCAUCGCACCCAGCUUUGCAGACAUCUUCCGGAAUAAUACAUUACAGAACGGAAUGCUUGCAAUCGCUCUACCGAAGGAUGUUUGCCGGUCGUUGGGUGAAGACGCAGCGCGUGGCGAUGAGUUGGAUGUCGACCUUGAGAAGAACGAGAUCAGACGACCGAACGGUCAACCGCCUGUACCGUUUUCUAUUGACGCGUUCCGCAGGCAUUGCUUGUUGAAUGGAUUGGAUGAUAUUGGACUUACGUUGCAGAAGUCGGACGGCAUUGGGGAGUUUGAGAAACGUAGAAGCGCUCUUUGGCCUUGGUUGGAUGGACUUGGGUAUAAGGGUGGAAAGAUCCCUGUUUCGCCGAAGGCGAAAGCGGGAGGUAAGAUGGAUUGGUGAGGUGAUGAUGAUGAUGUUGUUUUGAUUGAGAAGAUAGCUGUUAUAAACGAUUUCUGUACGACUUGUAAUUUUGUGAGAGCGUUUUGCUUUGUUGGAUUACGAAAUAGAG